UCCUCAUCCAAUCAGAUGACAGCUUAUGAUUUAUCAGUGUGUAUAGCCCCAAGUAUUCUUUGUCCACCUAAUACCUGCAGCUUGGAAUUGGAAGACAACUUCAUUAAAAAGGCUUCUCUUGUACAGUUUUUGAUUGAAAAUUGCCUCAAGAUAUUUGGAGAAGACAUCACUUCUCUCUUGGGAGAGAAUUCAAAGAGUUGUCAUAACAAUGAGAAGGCUGCAGAUUCAGUCCAGAACACCUUGAAAAGCACUUCUUUUAGAGACUCGGCCUUUUGCCAGCACAUUGGCACUUCCCAGUACAACCAGUACACAGCUCUACUGUCUGCAAAACCAGGACAGCUCUUUGGAGUUUCCCUUAUGGAUAUCUUUGAUAAGGACAUCAUGCCCUUACCAAUACUGGAUAUGCUUUCCUUUAUCAAUGAGAAAGGACCACUCACGGAAGGCAUAUUCAGAAAACCAGGUAGUAUAAAGUCAUGUGGAAUCCUAAAGAAGAAACUAAAUUCUGGAGACAGAGUGAGGCAUUACAGCAAAUCUGUUCUUGUGGUAGCAUUUGUUUUAAAGGAUUUUCUUGAAAAUAUCGAAGGAAGUUUACUUUCAUCGGACCUCUAUGAAAAAUGGCUUGGUGUUCUUGACGAAGUGACUCAGAAGGAAAAAAUAAAUGCUGCCCAGAGGCUUCUAACACAGCUGCCAAAAGCGAAUGUUGUUCUCUUGCGAUACCUUUUCGGUGUGUUAUACAACAUUGAGCAACAAUCCUCAUCCAAUCAGAUGACAGCUUAUGAUUUAUCAGUGUGUAUAGCCCCAAGCAUUCUUUGUCCACCUAAUACCUGCAGCUUGGAAUUGGAAGACAACUUCAUUAAAAAGGCUUCUCUUAUACAGUUUUUGAUUGAAAAUUGCCUCGGGAUAUUUGGAGAAGACAUCACUUCUCUCUUGGGAGAGAAUUCAAAGAGUUGUCAUAACAAUGAGAAGGCUGCAGAUUCUGUCCAGAACACCAAGGAAAGCAGUGCUUUCACAAACUCGUCCUUUGGCCACUGUGCUGGCACUUGGCAGAACAACCAGUGCACAGCUGCACCGUCUGAAAAAUCAGGACAGCUCUUUGGAGUUUCCCUCACGGAUAUAUUUCAUAAGGACAACUUCCCGUUCCCAAUACUGGAUUUUCUUGAAAAUAUCGAAGGAAGUUUACUUUCAUCGGAACUCUAUGAAAAAUGGCUUGAUGUUCUUGACGAAGUGACUGAGGAGGAGAAAAUAAAUGCAGCCCAGAGGCUUCUAGCUCAGCUGCCAAAUGUGAAUGUUGUUGUCUUGCGGUACCUUUUUGGAGUGUUAUACAGCAUUGAGCAAGAAUCCUCACCCAACCAGAUAACACCUUAUGAUUUAUCAGUGUGUAUAGCCCCAAGCAUUCUUUGUCCACCUAAUUCUGGCAGCUUGGAAUUGGAAGAGAACUUCGUAAAAAAGGCUUCUCUUAUACAGUUUUUGUAUGAAAAUUGCCUCGGGAUAUUUGGAGAAGACAUCACUUCUCUCUUGGGAGAGAAUUCAAAGAGUUGUCAUAACAAUGAGAAGGCUGCAGAUUCAGGCCAGAAGACCACUAAAAGAAGUCUUUUCAGAAGGUUAGCCUUUUGGUGCUGCGGUGGUACUUGCUGGAACAACAAGUGCACAGCUGAGCCUUCUGCAGAACCCAGAGAGCGCUUUGGAGUUCCCUCUCGCGGAUAUCUGUAGUAAUGACAACUUGCCCUUCCCAAUUCUGUGACAGAAAAACCACCUGUUGAAUCCAAGCCAGUGAGAGAGAGAGAGUGAUUUCCAAAAAGGCACAACUGCAGAAUGCUACCAAGUCCCCAUCUGGCAUGGGUCCAUCCACCUACAUGUCUACAGUUUACUAAGUCAUUGAAGACUGGAAUCUCCAUAAUGAUACUUGACACUUCCUUUUUCUUUAUUCUUCCCAUGAGUGAAAAAUGAACCCCUUCCACGAUCCAGCUAUUUCCAUUUAAAGGUUUUUCAUUGGUCCCAUAUAUUCAUAUUGAGGAAAUCUUCCCACAAAUUAUUUCCUCUAUCUUCAAUGCCUACCAUAUCUAUCAUAUUACAUAGUUUUGUAUUGUGUUGUGUUGUAUGUAUUUAUAUGAAUAAUAAUCAUUCCAUAACUCAGUAAGUUUGACAACCAUUUCCUUUGGUUAUGAUUCACAUAACACUUCAGUGGAGGCUCAUCUGAGCAGUUCUGGUCUCAGCUGAGGUCACCAGUGCACUUGCAGUUAGCCUCAAGCUCCUCUGGAGCUUACCUAGGUGUCUAUUGUUGCUGUCUCUCAAUUGGUCCCCAUGUCUUCAAUAAGGUAGCUUCUCCUCCUUUCAUAUGGUGGAGGAAGAGUUCCCAGAAGCAAGAGGGACUUUUCAAGAGUUAAUGUGGGAGAGGACUGUGCAAAGGACCACGCCAAAGGUGGUGGUUUAUAAGACGAGGAGGCAAUAUUUCUUGAGACAACACAUCAUAAAACUCACAGCAGCACCAGUACCACACAUAUCCUUUCCUUCACUGGCUUUUCAUCCUCAGUUCUCCACACCAGCAUUUCCUAAGGGGUAUUCCAAGCAUGGUAGGUAGAAUCUUUGAAAUACUAACUCAUUUUUUUACCUCAGGUGUUCCUUCCCUCAUCCUUCUUCCUGUCUUAAUCUGCUUACAAGGCAACUAAAUCACCUCCUCAGGGCAUAGAAGCAAGAGGAGAAUAUGAGGAAAAUGGAGUUCUUUGUUGCUUAUGAGUUUUACAGAUUUAGCUUUCUAAGAAAAAAAAUGAUUUGUGACAUAGAGUAGAAGAUUUACGUGGCAAUCUCAUGGGAAAAGCCCAAAACCACUAGGCAGGUACAUGGGAUAUCUGCACCAUUCCUGGAUGGAAACCAAAAGGAAGCAGAAAUUCCUCACAGAAUAGUGAGCUGACAUGUCUAAGAGAGAUGGGGCCCUCUACAUCCACGCAGAGUUUCUUAUACCUCAACAUGGAACAGAUCAGUUAGUAAAAGUAUCUCCAUCAGUCCCAGAAUAGUAUGGAAGAAAUAGAAAGCCACUGGGUCUGAAAGACAUGCCUCAGCAACAGGAGUACAGACCAAUUUCCCAGGACCAGAGAAUCAAACUAGACAUCAAGUGAGCUAUUUAGUACUACAGAACUGUACAUUUCUUACACAUGCCUGUGUAUAGACUGAGAGUGGUAUCAGUGCAUAUAGAAUAUAUGAUCCAUGCAUUGUUUUCCCUUUCCCAGAAAGGGUUCCCUUGUCAAAUAGGUUUGGGAAGUUCAUGCUUUCCUCUUGGAAGUCAAAUGUGCCAGUUUAUUCCACAUUUAGUUGACAUUAUUUGACCCUUUCGAAGUGACCCCAUUAAUUAAUGUUCCUUGGAAUAUUAAUAAACAUUUCUCUAAAUUUAUUUCUUAGGUCAUAGUUUAACAUUCCACUCCCUGCUUAGAAGCCAUCAAUGGAUUUCAAUAAAUCUUUGGUGUUUUCCUUUUUUUGUCCAAAAAAAAAAUCUCAUCUUUAAAAUCCUCCCCAAUGCAGCCUGCUCUAGUAAUUAGUAUUGUCUUCAUUCUUUCCCAGUGCAGAUCCUUUAGUUUAGCUGGGUCAGACAUAUCCUUGGUUCCUGAACACAGCACACUCACUUUUCUACUAUAAUUCUCACCUCUUCUUGGACUCUGCAUUGCCACACACUAUGUAGGCUAGCCAUUUGGGUUCUCCAAUCCCAGUAAUUUCACAAAGCCUUUCUGAUCUCAAUUUAAUUUUUUCUUUAUAAAAUAUGAGCACCUAACCCUACUAGACAGUGGCUCACAUGCUGCUUUGACCAUCAGGAAUUAUGCUGAUGUGUUCAUACGUUAUACAGAAAAUCCAAAUUCCUGAGGUAAACAACUGUAUCUUGUGUUAGUUUUAUAGUACUUUUAAAGCCUGGCUAAAUGUCUACUCAAAAAAAUGUACGAAUUAAUAUGUUCAAUUUUCUAAGAGUAUAGAGAUUUUAUAGAGACUGGUAGAAACUGCAAGUUUUAAAACAUGAGGUUGAACACAGCACAUGAAAUUUUAGGGGGCGACAAUAAGACAUAGGUUUGAGUAAUUGUUUUAGAUAUGACUUCACAGGCUGAGUCACAUGUUCUUGGAUAGACUAUUUUUAUUCAUUAUACAAACAACGUGAUAUUGGUGUGAUAUAUUUGGGAAUAAUUGCAUGUUUGUAUGAAAUUUAAAUAUCAACAAUCCAGAAUAAAAGGGGCAAAACACAUAGCUGGGUAAGGCAUCUGUGAGUUUUUAAACCAAGGAAGAUAUUGGAAAAAAAGGAAAGAAAGAAAUUGACAAGAAGAGGAGAUAGAAAUACAAGGAGGUAUAGAAAAGCUGAAACAACUAAUUUGUCAAUUGUGACUCAUAGAAGAGAUUUCUGACAUAGGGAAAUAGUUAAUAAAUGUUAGUUUUGCCCUCAGGAUACUCCAGCAUAAUAUCUCUGAGAACAGCAAUUCAUUUCUUAAUUUUGAAGAAAAGAUCCUGAGAACUCUGAUAAACUGUAAAAGGAUCUAACUGCAUAAUCUAGAAUGAGUGACAGGCAAUUAGGUGUUCCCCAUUGGCCUUUACCAUACCUGGGAGUAAGAUGUGUGUAAUCAUUAGUUAAUAUGCACUUAGUGAUACAGUUAAGGUUAAACAUGUCUAAAAGUAAAAUAAAGGUACUUAGAAUGACUAUCUUACUUUAUUCCAGAAAGAAAGUUACUCACAGGCUACCAGUAUAAGAAAACUAUUUCUCAAAAUUGGUGGAUCAAUUACCAUGAUGAAUCUCUCUCUCUCUCUCUCUCUCCCUCUCUCUCUCUAAUAACACUCAGUUUUUAUUCAUACGAGGAACAUGUAAGAAUUUGGUGAAUGGAAUAUAUACCAGUACAAGAAACCAGCUUUUUUUCAGAGAGCACUGAACAAUGCCUUUUAUAUUUUUCUGUAAUUCUUUCUAUGCUAGUCGAAUGGGCCAAUAAAUACUCUGAAGAUUUAUAGUGGA